AUGCCUCCCAACAACAACGCGAUACCGCCCAGAAAGGAGGUCACAGGCCAGCCGGCCUUGCCCCUGGCCCGCGUGAAGAAGAUCAUUGGCACAGAUCCAGACAUUGGAAUCUGCUCAAACAACGCGGCUUUUGUAAUCACUCUGGCAACGGAAAUGUUCAUCCAGUACCUCGCCGCCGAGGGCCAUAACAUGGCAAAGGCAGAGCGCAAGCCCCGUCGUAACGUUCAAUACAAAGACCUGUCAACCGCAGUCAACCACCACGACAACCUCGAGUUCCUCGAGGACGUCAUCCCCAAGACGGUCCCCUACAAACAAAUCAAGGACUCGGCCGCCGCCGCGCGCCUCAACCCUAGGAAAGCCGACCAGGAGCCCAAGAAGCGGCAGUCGACCCUCAAAACCAAGGGCGCCAACGCAGGCGCUUCCAGCAACAGCAACGGUGUCAAUGGCUCAGCCACCGCCGCCGUCUUGGACCCAGUCACGGCUGUCAUUCACUCCGACGACCCCAGCGCCCAGCUGGUCGCCGAGGCUCGUCGUGCGGCUGGUGACGAGGACGUUGACAUGACGGGAUAG